ACCCCACCAUGGAGCCCGCUGCCACGACGCCCUUCCGGGUCACGGGGUUCCUCAGCCGUCGGCUUAAAGGCUCCAUCAAAAGGACAAAGAGCCAACCGAAGCUCGAUAGGAACAGCAGCUUCCGUCACAUUUUACCUGGCUUCAGGAGUGUGGACAAUGAAAGAUCCCAUCUAAUGCCGAGGCUGAAAGAAUCGCGCUCCCACGAGUCUUUGCUCAGUCCCAGUAGUGCUGUUGAGGCUCUGGAUCUCAGUAUGGAGGAAGAAGUGGUCAUCAAGCCGGUCCACAGUAGCAUCCUGGGACAAGACUACUGCUUUGAGGUGACGACUUCAUCAGGAAGUAAGUGCUUCUCGUGUCGUUCUGCAGCAGAGCGAGAUAAAUGGAUGGAAAACCUGCGGCGUGCCGUGCACCCAAAUAAGGACAACAGCAGAAGGGUAGAGAAUAUGUUAAAGUUAUGGAUUAUUGAAGCCAAGGACCUGCCAGCUAAGAAAAAGUACUUGUGUGAAUUAUGCCUGGAUGAUGUUCUUUAUGCACGAACUACCUGUAAAUUGAAAACUGAUAAUGUAUUUUGGGGGGAGCACUUUGAAUUUAAUAACCUCCCAUCGCUCAAAAACAUCACGGUGCACUUAUACAAAGAGACUGACAAGAAGAAAAAGAAGGACAAGACCAAUUUCAUUGGACAAGUGAACAUCCCCGUCAGCUCCGUCACGGGCCGGCAGUUCGUAGAGAAAUGGUACCCAGUGGUCAGCCCCAACCCCGGUAAGGGCAAGUCCCCGGGGCCCAUGAUCCGCAUCAAGUCACGCUACCAGAGUAUGAGCAUUCUUCCCAUGGAGAUGUACAAAGAGUUUGCCGAGUACAUCACUAACAAUUACAUGGUGCUGUGCUCGGUGCUGGAGCCCUCGCUGAGCGUGAAGAACAAAGAGGAGAUGGCGUCUGCUCUGGUGCACAUCCUGCAGAGUACAGGCAAGGCCAAGGAUUUCUUGACUGACCUGAUGAUGUCUGAAGUUGAUCGCUGUGGUGAGAAUGAGCAUCUCAUUUUCAGGGAGAAUACACUGGCCACCAAAGCAAUCGAAGAAUACCUGAAGUUGGUGGGGCAGAAAUACUUGCAAGAUGCCUUAGGGGAAUUUAUCAAGGCGCUGUACGAAUCAGAUGAAAAUUGUGAGGUGGAUCCCAGUAAGUGUUCGUCUUCGGACCUUCCUGAACAUCAGAGCAACCUGAAGAUGUGCUGCGAGUUGGCCUUCUGCAAAAUCAUCAACUCCUACUGUGUCUUCCCAAGGGAGCUCAAGGAAGUUUUUGCCUCAUGGAGACAGGAAUGCAGCAACCGAGGCCGCCCAGACAUCAGCGAGCGACUGAUCAGUGCCUCCCUAUUCCUCCGGUUCCUCUGUCCGGCCAUCAUGUCCCCGUCCCUCUUCAGUCUCCUGCAGGAGUACCCGGAUGACCGCACUGCACGCACUUUGACCCUCAUUGCCAAGGUCACCCAGAACCUCGCCAACUUUGCCAAGUUCGGCAGCAAAGAGGAGUACAUGUCCUUUAUGAAUCAGUUCCUGGAACAUGAAUGGACUAACAUGCAGAGAUUUCUACUGGAGAUUUCCAAUCCCGAAACCAUCUCAAACACAGCUGGCUUUGAAGGCUACAUUGACCUGGGCCGGGAACUGUCCACUUUGCACUCACUACUCUGGGAAGUCAUUUCUCAACUGGAGCAGGGCACUGCAACAAAACUUGGGCCUCUGCCUCGGAUCCUGAGGGAUGUCAACUCGGCGCUCAGUAACCCGGCCUGCGUGCAGGUCUCUGUCACGGCCGAUCACACCGCAUCCACGCCCAACGCUGGCAACAGCAUCUCUGCGGGGCUACAGAAAAUGGUGAUAGAGAAUGACUUAUCUGGUCUGAUAGAUUUCACACGGUUACCAUCUCCAACCCCUGAAAACAAGGACUUGUUUUUUGUCACAAGGUCUGCUGGGGCCCAGCCCUCGCCUGCCCGAAGCUCCAGUUACUCAGAGGCCAAUGAGCCCGACGUGCAGAUGUCUAAUGGCAGCAAGAGUUUGUCCAUGGUGGACUUGCAGGACAAUCGGCUCUUGGACAGUGGGGCCAACGCGCCUGGCACGGCUGACUCCCUCAAUGACAGUCAGUCGUCCCUCGGGCAGUUGCAGGGCGCAUGGACCGCACGGACUCAGCAGAACAGUGUGACGGGCAUGGCCACCGUGCGCCGGGUGGGCCAGACCCCCACCACGCCGAGCAGCGAGAGCGCGCCCGGCCGGCCCCAGCUCCUGGCGCCCCUCUCCUUCCAGAACCCCGUCUACCAGAUGGCCGCCGGGCUGCCGCUCUCCCCCCGCGGCCUGGGCGACUCCGGCUCCGAGUGCCACAGCUCGCUCAGCUCCCACAGCAACAGCGAGGAGCUGACGGCCAACAAGCAUGGCUUCGCCGCCCCCGCCGCCAGCGAGGACUUCACCCGCCGGACGGGAGAGCUGGCCCGCCGGCAGCUCUCGCUGACGGAGAAGGGCGGCCAGCCCACCAUGCCCCGGCAGAACAGCGCGGGACCGCAGAGGCGGAUAGACCAGCCGCCCCCGCCGCCCCCGCCCGUCACCCGGGGCCGGACGCCGCCCUCCUUGCUGAACACGGUUCAGUACCAGCGCCCUUCCAGCGGCAGCAUGAUGUCCUCCUCGCCAGACUGGCCCGGCAGCGGGGCCCGCCUCCGGCAGCAGUCUUCCUCCUCCAAGGGUGACAGCCCUGAGAUGAAGCAGCGCACGAUGCACAAACAGGCCCCUUCUCCUGUGAACCCCAAUGCCCUGGACCGCACUGCCGCUUGGCUUUUGAAUAUGAACAUGCAGUUUUUAGAAGAUGAAAGCAUUGACCCAGAUUCCAAGCACAGGGAUAAGCUCAGGAAUAAGGACGAGCUCAGCCAAGCAGAAAAGGACCUGGUGGUGCUGCAGGACAAGCUUCGCAUCUCCAACAAGAAGCUGGAGGAGUACGAGACUCGCUUCAAGUGCCAGGAGGAGACAACGCAGAAGCUGAUGCUGGAGUACCAGGCCAGGCUGGAGGAGAGCGAGGAGCGGCUCCGGAGACAGCAGGAGGAUAAGGAGAUCCAGAUGAAGGGCAUCAUCAGCAGACUGAUGUCAGUUGAGGAGGAGUUAAAGAAGGACCAUGCAGAAAUGCAGGCUGCCGUGGAUUCCAAGCAGAAGAUUAUCGAUGCACAGGAGAAACGCAUUGCUUCAUUGGAUGCUGCCAACGCACGGUUAAUGAGUGCCCUUACUCAGCUGAAAGAGAGGUACAGCAUGCAGACACGUAAUGGGAUCUCCCCCACAAACCCAACUAAAUUGCAGAUUACAGAGAAUGGAGAAUUCAGAAACAGCAGUAAUUGUUAACCCGCGGAGGGUGCUGCCGCAGGAGAGGAGGCCUGGCCAGAGAGACCGUGCAGCAGCAGGUGUGAGCCGCGGCUUCAGAGAACGGCUGCUCUCUCCCCCCAGAGAAACCAGCUCCUUACUGCGGACGGCGCGCUUGACUGAGCCUUUGUGGGAGAUGCUAAUGCCAGCACAUUGAGGGGACGGAAAGAUCGAGUGUGAGAUGAGUGGCAUAAGGAAAUAACAUACAUUUGAGAAUCGCUGUCACUGUUGGAUUUAAAUCAGUGUUUAAUGUUUAAACAAAAGUAACCUUUUCCUUCCAAACUGCCCAAAGGAUAUGCCUCACCCCUCCCAGCAAGGAAUAAUGUCCUUGUCAUUGCAGUAAGCGAAAUAAAGGGAGCUGGGCAGAGCCUGCAGCAGGCAGCGGCCCAGUAAGUCCAGUAAGGGUGCUGCUGGAUGUAGCCGUACGAGGGACAGCAGCAACGGUUGUCCCGCUGCUCCUGUGACUCCCCUGGAGCACAGCCCUCUCCCAAAGCAAAGCCCAGCCCAGCCCUGCUUCCUUCUGUGGCUUUCGUGGGGCCACCGCCUCUCACAGCGGGUGACUGUCCACAGGGCAUUACACAGCUAAUUAGUGUUUAAUUAACUCCGCCCAUAUAGGGAGCAGAGUCCGGAUGAGAGGUGAGGGCGCGCUCGGUGCGCUGGGGUAGCCGAAGGGGUGCUGCGCGGGGAGCCCCGGCGGCAGGGCGGCGGAGAA